AUGUACAGCAAAUGUUGUUGUUUCUGCGAUGCCCGGCUACUGUUCGACGAAAUGCCCGAGAGGGACGUGGUCUCCUUUUCCACGCUGAUAUCCUCCAGCUCUCGAUCUGGGGAGCCCGGACUGUCCUUGUACCUUGCAAAGGAGCUGCAGAGAGCAGGCUUGGAGCCCAAUGAGUUCGUCUUCUCAGGUGUAAUUUCUUCUUGCUCAAAGCUCCGUUGGAUCUUCUGCGGCAAGCAGGUGCACGCCCAAGCCGUCGUCUCUGAUCUUGCGUCGAACCCAUUUGUUAAGGCAUCUCUGGUCGACAUGUACUCGAAGUUCGGGGAUCUUCAUUCGGCAGUCUCCUCUUUUCGGCUUGGCCCAGCUGGGGAUCCUGCCGUCGUUAACUCUAUGGUCUCUGGGCUGGUUGGCUCGGGUCUAUAUUACGAAGCUCUUCGACUGCUGAGAGAGACAUGGAACAGCUCUGAUUCCUGGUUCACAAAUUACACCUUCGUCAGUGCAAUCAAAGCCUGCGGAGAUCUGCCCCAAGGCAUUGGAAAACAUCUGCACGGUCUCCUUGUGAAGUGUGGGUGUGACUCAAACUGCUUUGUGGGUGCAUCUCUCGUUGAUAUGUAUGGCAGAUUUGGGGACGCGGAUGGCAUGGAAAGGGCCUUCCACUGUGUUACUUGCCCUGAUCUUGCUCUUCAGAACGCAAUAAUCGUCGGUUCCACACAAAAUGGGUUUUACGACAUCGCACUGGAAUACUUCGAGGAGCUGAAGUUGGAGGGAUUUGCCCCGGACGAGUGCACUCUUUCAAGCGUUCUCAAGGCCUGCGGUGGCCUGAGACUGAUAACUCUUGGAAGGAUUGUUCAUGGGUUCCUUGAGAUCUCCGACCUCCGACAUAACUUGGUGGUGGAUACUGCUUUGAUUGACAUGUACCUGAAAUGUGGGAAGGUUGAGGAAGGUCGCUCCGUAUUUGAUCGGAUGCAGAAGAGGAGCGCCAUAACAUACAACACCAUGAUAUCAGGACUGGGGCAAAACCAGAGGUUUGAGGAGGCAGCAACCCUCUUCAUCCACAUGAACAGAGAGGGGCUGGCCGUGGACCUCGCAACCUUCGUCGCUGCAAUUGGCUCGUCCCCGGGGCUCGGAUGGGUUCUAUAUGUCUGCGCCAUCAAGUGUGGGCUCGGAUGGAACCCCAUGGUUGAGAAUGUGCUCUUAGAUAGCAUUCUCAAAGAUGGAGAAAUAAAAGAGGCCCUGGAUUUCUUUCACCAGAUGGAGGACCCAAAUGUUGUCUCCUGGACUACAGCCAUAUCUGGGCUCACUCAAUCUGGUUUCUACACGGAAGCACUGGAGCUUUUUAGAAAGAUGAGGUCGACAGAGACAAGCCCCAAUGUUUUUACUUUCUCAAGCGCCUUGAAGGCCUGUGGGAGACUGGCCGAUCUUGAACAGGGGAGAAGCAUCCAUGCAUGUCUCCUAAAGCAUGGUCCCGUUGGCGAUGAAUACACCACCAGUUCUAUCGUGGACAUGUAUGCGAGCUGUGGAGCUCUAGAGGAGAGCCACAGAGUCUUCCAUGGGCUUCCCAAAGGAGAUGUGGUAACAUGGAAUACCAUGAUCGGCAGCUACGCCAGCCAUGGAUAUGGCCGGAAGGCCUUGGAGCUGUACGAGAAGAUGGUGGAGGAAGAAGUGAAGCCCAGCCAUGUGACUUUCAUCUCUCUUCUAUCGGCGUGCAGUCGCUGUGGGCUGGUAGACGAGGGAGUUCGUCUGUUUGAGCGGAUGACUCCCGACCACGGAGUCAACCCUCGCAUGGAGCAUUACGCAUGCAUGGUUGACCUUUUCGGGAGGGCCGGCAUGCUGGAGAAGGCCAGAAGCUUGAUCGAGAGCAUGCCAUUUGAGCCCGAUUCCUCGAUCUGGACCGUCCUCCUUGCUUCCUGCAGAGUCCAUGGCAAUGUGGAACUAGCAGCGCAGGCCAGAGACCAUCUCUUGGCGAUGGGGGGGGAAGAUAGCCUCACCCAUGUCCUCAUGUAUAAUGUGUACUCUGAGGUGGGCAACUGGGUGGACGCAGAGAAAUCAAGGAUGAGAGUCGCUAGUGCGGGUGCGAGGAAAGAACCGGGCAUCAGCUGGGUGCAUACCAGAGAUAAUCAUUUGCAGAAUAUGAUAAUAACCUAA